AUGGAGGAAAUCCAGAAAGACUUUGAAAACUUCAACGCUCAGUUCCAAACCUCUCCAGGUGCCGCUUCUCUCCGAGAUACCAUUACUGAAUUCGUCUCUGAUGCUUUAGCCGAUGGCAACGACAAGCCCGUCACCCAGGCCAUCAGCCUGGGCAUUGGAUCCUUUGAUCCUACCGAUGGGAGCUGGCAGCUCAAGAGAAGAGCUCAUACGCAACUUGCCGCCAUGCUGUUCAUGGUUCGCUUGCUAGAGGAGAAAACCAACAGCGGGCCCAUCAAAUGCAUCUUCCAGGAGCCCAUUUUCACCUCCGGUGACAUUGGCUUUCUCACUGCAAUGGGCCAUGAAGUUGUCGCUUCGCCCGUUGCCAGCAACUCGGUCAACGCUGGAACCCUCUUCUACGGCCCCCAUCUGUACAAAGAAAUCUACGGCAAGGCACUCCAGGGAGAGCUACCAUCAGUUUGGGUAGGCACUGACUGGGUUGUCUGGUCCAAAACCUUUAUUUCGCCGUCAAAAGAAGAAGAAGAGCACCUUCUCGCCAUUAAGAAGAUGCAUGAGACGUAUAAGCACGUCACCUUCCCAGAAGACGACAGAGACAACACAAUCUUCUAUGCAACCUCCCUGUACCUCAGAUACCCAGAGAAUCAGGCGGUUGCCUCCGUGGAAGAAGCGGCCGCUGCUGAGAUGAACUACGUCGAGGCCAAAGACGAAAUCAAAGAAGAGCCUUCUGAGACUAACAACGUCAAAGUCAAAGAAGAGCCUACCGGGAUGAACUACGUCGAAAUCAAAGAUGAGCCUACUGAGACAAAGAACGUCAGAGCCAAGCAGAAGCCUAUUAAGACGUACGGCCUCCAGGGCAACCAAAAGCCUACCUUUCCUGAGAGGUGCAAUUUCAGAGCCAAACGAGAGCCUACUGCGAGGGAUGACGUUAAAAUCAAAGAAGAGCCUACUGAGCCGAACGACGUUAAAAUCGAAGAAGAGUCUACAGAGGCAAUUUACAUUGUAAUCAAAGAUGAGCCUACGGAGACGGAUAACUUCGGAGUCAAACGAGAGCCUUCUGGGACGAGCUACGCCGGAGUCAAACGAGAGCCCUCUGAGACGUACGAAGUCUACAUCAAAGAAGAGCCUGUUGAAUGGCACGAAGUCUACAUCAAACAAGAGCCUCUUGACUGA